CUCGGCAGAAGCCGGCCGGAGUGGCCCAGCUAUAGUGGCGGCAGUUAGUCCUAAUUGAGUGGCUCGUGGCAGAUAUAGCCGAGGGAGGAUGACGAACCAAAAUACAUAUUGGCAAAGAUAUGCUUUCCUCCUUUCUUCCAGCCCUGGCAUUCGAGGCCGUCUUUGCAGUCCCGUCGGUAGUUCUGGGUAAUCCCGCAGGCGUCCCACUUCUCGCCAGCGGUCUAAACACACACACACACACACAUACGCACAUGGAUGGAAAAGAGUGUUUGUUGACUGAUUGAGUCACCUAGACAGAUGCGGGUGCUUCCUUCCCUUUCCUUUCCUUUCCUUUUCAUUUCUUGCUUGCCUUGCAUGUUCCGGUGUCGGCUGUGUGGAAGGCCUUGACGUCUCCCUUGCUGUCGAAUUCGACGUCAACGUGGAAAUAGGAGUACAUAGCGGGCUGGUGGGGACCGUGCUGCCGCCAGUCUGGGCAAUCGCUGGUUUUCUCACAAGGGCCUGAAGGCAGCCAAGCAGGCAGGCAGGCAGGCAGACACCCAGGCAGCAAAGGGCCCAGAGAGCAAAAGACCAUGGAUGGAUGGACGGAUGGAUGGAUGGAUGGACGGAUGUGUGUGCCUACCUCCGGAUGCCCACACUUUGUUGCGGCCGUCAAGCUCUUCGUAUGCGUCUAUGUCAGCUGCAGCCACCCGUCCAUUCAUCGGGCAAAGAAAGACAGACACAUGAUGGUGCAUUACCAACAGCAGCUGCCUUCGUGUGUGUGUGUGUGUGUGUGUGUGUGUACCUGUGAGGCCACGGAUGCGGCUCUCUACGUUGUCGAUGGCGGCGAGGGCUGAGCCGCUCAGCUCGUUGGUGGCACUGGUGAGCUUGAUGGCCGACUGCAGGAUGGCCUUGCCCAUCUGGAUCUGCUGCAAUGCCGACAACUCACCAGCACCCAACACAGCACCUGCCCACAAAAACAUUCUCAGAGAGGGCACCACGUGUGCAGCACACAAAGAUCUGGGUGUACCGUGCUUGUUUACGGCCGUAGUCGUGUGCUUAGUGGCCUGGAUCUCCUGAGUGUGGCCACAGAAGUAUCCCAUCCCAUCCAUGGACCAUACCAUUCCCUUUCGUGAUAGAUCUCGCCGCCACACGUACCAUUCACGUCGGCGCUGCAGUCCUUCCCCUCCUCGCAGUCGGGGCCAUAGCUCCCCUCGCCCACCCACAUCUCUGUGGGGCCACAGAUCAGCCAUGCGGCAAUCCAUACGCACAAAAGAUCUGCAGGCCCGCCUGGCCAAGGCCGUUGGGUUCGAG